GUACGUGUGCACGCGCGCAGUACCCGAUCUGCCGUUCUUCUUUUCACUCGGCCGUCCAGCGCGCUCUCAGAGCAAACUUGGCGGCGCGCUUGUGUUUACGUUGGAAGAACUGACCGGCCACCACGACGACGAUGUACGCGAAAGGGAAAGGGUCGUCGGUGCCCUCGGACUCGCAAGCGAGAGAAAAGUUGGCCCUUUAUGUGUAUGAAUACUUGCUACAUGUGGGUGCACAAAAGGCAGCACAGACUUUUCUUUCAGAGAUCCGAUGGGAGAAAAACAUUACACUUGGAGAACCGCCUGGAUUUCUGCACUCUUGGUGGUGUGUCUUUUGGGACUUGUACUGUGCAGCACCGGAGAGAAGAGACACUUGUGAACAUAGCAGCGAGGCCAAAGCUUUUCACGAUUAUGGAUUUGUGAACAGUGCUUACAACGUCAAUGGCAUUGCCCACAAUGCUGGACCAGCUCCAUCUCCAAUCGGUCAAAUGGCGCCUAAUGAUGGAAUGCCUGGCGGUCCUAUGCCUCCUGCUUUCUUCCCCAACAACUCGACAAUGCGACCAUCUCCGCCCACACACCCCUCAUCACAGCCAUCCCCCCAGCACCCCCAGCCACCCCCGCCCCCACACUCGCAGAUGAUGUCCACCCAGUUUAUGGGCCCCAGAUAUCCGGCAGGACCACGACCCGGUGUACGUAUGCCACAAAUGGGAAAUGACUUUAAUGGGCCACCGGGACAGCCAAUGAUGCCAAAUAGUAUGGAUCCUACUAGGCAAGGCGAAGCUGGAGAAUUUGUAGGGUGGCAAGGUCCGCCAGGAAUGAACCCCAUGAAUCCGAGAAUGAACCCUCCACGAGGACCGGGUAUGGGUCCCAUGGGUCCCGGGAGUUACGGUCCAGGCAUGCGAGGUCCACCACCUAAUAGCACUUUGGGUCCGGGUGGGCCGGGAGGUCCUGGAAUGCCGCCAAUGAGUAUGGCCGCUCCGGGUGGCAGACAACAGUGGCAACCAAACACAUCCACGCCAAUGAAUUACUCGUCGUCAUCACCGGGUAACUACGGAGGGCCGCCUGGAACAACAGGUCCGCCAGGACCUGGUACACCUAUCAUGCCUAGCCCACAAGACAGCAGCAAUAGCGGAGGAGAAAAUAUGUAUACCAUGAUGAAGCCUGUACCUGGAGGAAAUAUGCCGGGUGACUUUCCAAUGAGUGGCGGACCAGAAGGCGGCCCGAUGGGACCGAUGGGUCCUAACACGAUGGGUCCGGUUCUAAACGGCGACGGUCUCGACGGGAUGAAGAACAGCCCAGCGAACGGCGGCCCCGGCACACCACGGGAAGAUAGCGGCAGCGGAAUGGGUGAUUAUAAUUUGAGUGGAUUCGGAGCUCCAGGCGAAAAUUUUUUUUAAAAAGUCAAGUCGCCUUGGAGCCAGCCCCGAGUUCAUAGAUGCCGUAGACUCUACCCGGGUUAUACACGUAGUGUGGAAAAGCAUCGUACGCGGACUCGCUGCAUUUCACGUGCUCCACGUGCAUUCUGGCGCAUGUAGUUCGUACAGUUUCAGUACAGCAGACAGUCAAUUCUCUCUCUCGUGGCAAGGUAGAACGAGGAAAACGAAAUUUUCGAGACAAUCGUGCCGAACGCGAUGUUUAACAACGACUGCGGCCGUUAUCGAUUGCUCUUGCUCGAUUAGAGUAUUAACAUUUAAGCGCUCAUCUAUCGCAUUAAUCUAUGGAACGGCGCAGAUACUUGACAGAUACAAUUACACGGUGCGCCUCACCGCGUAGAUAUACACUAUGUAUAUGCUUUCUCUAAAUACUCAGAAAGUUGCAAGACUAGAUGUAUUUGCUCUCGUAACUUUUUUUUUCGGUUUUAUUCUCUUUUUUUCUCCCAUUUUUUUUUUUUUAUACUUGGAUCUUAUUUUUACACUUUACUAUAACGGAAGCUACCUAAUCUCCUUAAUUAAGAUUUGUCAGAUUAUUUUCUAUUAUUUAUAUUUAUUUGACAAUUAGCUCGUAAGCAAAGGUGCCUGAGAAAAAAAUCACAGAAGGUUGUUUACAUAAGGAACACGUGCUUGUACACGAAAUACGCACACACACAUACACACAUACAAACACACACGCACACGACGCACACGUAUAGUAUAUAUAUAUAUAUUACGUAUAUAAUUGUCCCUGCUACUGUGAUUACCGAUUGCAUAAUUAUUAAUCGAUUUUUACGCUCUUGUUUCUUAUCCCGUCUGAACACACUACUGGUUCUGUAUCGGUGUUUGGUCUAUUCGUCAUCUCAUUAUAGAGUUAGCGGCGUAAAUCGUACUAGCGUAGCAGGUAAGAGAAUGAUUGCCCGAGGACAGUUGAGAAUGUGUCGCGCGUUCGGUCUCGCGAAAAAGAAAAAUGAAAACACGUUUUUCGAAGAAGUGAAAUCUCUCGAUUGGGUGCCGAAGGUAGGCAUGCGCGCGUUGUUUGUUUCAGCAAAAGUUGUACUGACGAGUCUGAACUCGCGGAAAAAUCUAUCCCCGGCUGGGAUCUUUCCGCUGUAACGAACGCGAGACUCUGUAAUGAGGUGAACAGUCUAGGCAAGCUCGAGUACCGAGUCCCUCCAUUGUUUGCUCACAAUUCGCUCCCGACCGGGGCCAAGUCUGCGCGCGUUAUAUGGUUUCUUGCAGCCAUUAGCAUUGCAAUGUCACAUGCGUACGUUGCCACCUGCGAGAACGUGCGAAUCACCCGAUUUCCGUUGAUUCGCGGAGUGUCGGCGCGCACGUGUAGGAACGCUCGACUUUGCUGAUUUGACGGACAACCGACGUUGGUUGCGACGGGAAGUUGCGGGCGCGUCGCCUCAGAGAAUCUCCGAUAGUCUUUCAUACAUUGUCGUCUCGGUGAAAGUGUCCUAAACCGCGUCUCGGGAUGACACACGGUUCACGUUCUAUCACUGUAAAUCCAAGUGUACAGUCAAUACACGGUGUGUGUAAAAUUACACAUUUGUGUGUGUACAAUACGAUACAUACGUGUAAAAUGUGGAAAAAUGAAGGAGUGUGUACUUCUAAUUAAUGUAAUAAGUACAUAUAUAAAACAACUUUAUACAUUCAAGUCCUUUAUAAGAUCUGAGUUUUGUGUCAUUAUGGGAAAAUGUAUAUUAUAAGUUAAGGGGGAAAUUCGUAGCAUUUUUUUCCUUUUUGUAAAAACGUUAAGGAUUCUCUCU